AUUUUGCAUUCAGUAAAUCCAAGAACCGCCGCCCCUCCCUCCACUGCUCCCGCCCCGCGCUGGCUCCCUCUCACACGCAGUCUGUCCUGUAGGAUGGGACCAGCAGCCACAUAUCCAUGCAUGCCUGACCGCUAGUCCACUUCCUGGAUGGAAGAAUGGGACAUUUCCAGCACCACUUUUCUUCGCAAUUACCCUUCAUCACGCUAAUGCCGCGGAUAACCACUUAAUAUUGACGUGUAAUCAAUAUUAUUCGACUACUUUUUUCCCUUGUAGUUAAAGACAGCGAUUUGUCGCCGAUUAAUCCCUCUCCACUACGGGAAUGUUGCUAUCUGGAAGCCCGCUACAGGCACUGUGGAGUCCAACUCAUUUUGAAAUGCUUUUGCACUGCCACGGUGCGCGUAUCGUUUUAUUCCUCGAAGCUAAAAACAGCCUAUGCUCGGGCUGGAGGCGAAUAAAUUUGUCUUUUUAAAAGAAACGGCGGCUCUCUGCAGCCGAACCGCUAACCCUUACUUUAAUGCUCUGCCUUCGUGGCUGCUGUGCGAACUUCGUUUCUGCUUCGGUCGUGUGUAUGUGAUUUUUUUUUUUUUUUUUUCUUUUUAAAGAAGAGAAAAGACUCAAAAACUUUCUCACCCGUUGCCUUCUUGUUGCCCUCGAUGAAUUGUCUAACAUGUGGACAAUACGGGAACCGAGUUAUUGGUGGAUUUUAUCCUUAAUGUUUUUAACCUUGCCCAAACACAAAGACUGUCAUACUGUUUCAUUGGGUGGCCAACCUCCUCACCAUGCCGGAGACGGGCGUCAUGAGAGAACCGGCGUAAUGAGGGAGAGGAGGGCAGCUGGUGACCCCUACUGGUCCUAUUCAGGAAAUCAUGGACCUCGAAGCUGGGUAGCCUCAUACCCAGAAUGUGCUGCAAACAACCAAUCACCUGUGGACAUUGCAGAUGAACAAGCUUUGAUUUCGGAGGAGUACCAGGAGCUGGUGCUUGACAAGUUCAACGCUGAAUCCUCCAACCAGACCACCAUGAAAAACACCGGAAAGACAGUUGCUGUUCUCCUGAAGGAUGACUACUUUGUGAGAGGUGCUGGACUGCCAGGGCGUUUUAAGGCUGAGAAGAUGGAGUUUCACUGGGGCCAUAGUAAUGGAUCGGCAGGCUCAGAACACAGCAUAAAUGGCAGAAGGUUUCCUGUGGAGAUGCAGAUCUACCUUUACAAUUCAGAUGAUUUUGACAGCCUCAGCGCUGCCAUCAAAGAGAGACGCAUCAUUGCUGCCAUGGCCGUCUUCUUUGAGCUGGGUCAAAAAGACAAUCCAGCUGUGGACCCCAUCAUCCAUGGAUUAAAAGGAGUUGUGCAUCAUGAAAAGGAGACCAACCUCAAGCCGUUCAUUCUGAGGGAUUUGUUGCCAUCAUCAGUGGACAGUUAUUACCGAUACACCGGCUCCCUGACCACGCCGCCCUGCAUCAAGGUGGUGGAGUGGAUCAUCUUGUCCAGGCCAGUGUAUCUGUCCCACUCACAGCUGGAGGCCUUUUACUCAAUUUUUACAACAGAGCAACAGGACCACGUCAAGUCUGUUGAGUACCUGAGGAACAACUUCCGGCCCUUGCAGGAACUGGACAGUAGGAAAGUCUAUAAAUCAGCUGUAAAAGACGCAUGGCAGAAAGAUUUAACUGAAGUCUUAGGAAGUCCUCACAGCACUGAGGCAUCAAGAGUGUGCAGCAGUGCCCCAGUAAGCAUGAAGAUCCAGCCACUGAACCAGACAGCAUUGAUGGUGAGCUGGGAACGCCCUCUGACUGUCUACCACCCACCCAUCACCAGUUACAUGGUCUCUUACAGCUGGGUGAAACGUGAUGUUGCUGAUGAAAAGACCUUCACCAAGACUGGGGACCAGAGCAUGAAAGCCGUCAUCACUAAUGUGUCCCCUGACGUCCUGUACCUGUUCAGAGUGCAGGCAGUGUGUCAGCAUGACCUGCGCAGUGAUUUCAGUCAAACACUGCUGUUCAUAGCUAAUACAACAAGAACAUUUCAAGGGUCUCGGAUUGUGAAGACUGGGAUGCCCACAAUUUCUCCAGCGUCCUCGGCGGACAUGGCUCCCAUCAGCUCUGGUUCCUCCACUUGGACAUCCUCUGGCAUCCACUUCUCCAUUGUCUCUAUGGCAACAGGAAUGGGCCCCUCCUCUAGUGGCAGCCAGGCCACAGUGGCAUCAGUGGUGACAAGCACCUUGCUAGCAGGCUUGGGUGUGGGCGGAGGGGUCAUUUCUUCUUUGCCCAGCUCUGUUUGGCCCACACAGGUGCCCCAAGCCACACAGAACCCAACCCGUCCAUCCGUCCCGCCUACAAAGUCUAGCACCGAGCAGCCAGCGCCCCAGGGCUCCGAGCCAGACACCCCGUCUGAGGAAAAGCAGGCCCAACGUGAAGGCGAGGAUGAGGAGAAAGAGAAAGAGGAGGAGAGAGGAGAGCAGGAGGAGGGAGAGGAUGAGAAGAAGAGGAAGAACAAGACUGGUCCUGGUAAUGAGGAAAAGCAAGCCAACAGCACUGUGGCCAAAGAGCCUUUAAUCCCCACCCCCGCAUCCACAGCCAAAGAGAAAGGAGAAGGGAAGCCUACGGUCAAAGGCACCACAGUACCCGCAAGCACCGGUGACGAUCAGUCGGUCAACGUAAAACAGAAACCAACAGAUGUAAAUGCAGUCUCCACACAGGAGGCUGGUAAUGACACUGCAGAGAUGCAGAUUCCCCAGAGCUCCACAGUGUCUCCAAAGAUCAGUGAUGGCAAGAGUCUCUGGCCUUUCUCUGUCCACACUGACCGGACCAUCUUGUCCAACGUGACUCGAACCCCUCACCCAGGGAUGGGCAGGAUGGUGUGGAUUGUCCCCUUGGUGGUGGUGUCAGCUCUCACUCUGCUAUGCCUCCUAAUGCUACUGAUUGUGAUGGUCUACUGGAGAAUGACAAGCAUCUGUUCCCUCCUCUGCAUCAAGUACAGGAGAUUUUUCCAGACAGCUCACUUCUAUGUGGAGGAGAGCAGCUCUCCCCGGGUGGUGGCAAAUGAGAAUAUACCAAUCAUCCCUAUACCAGAUGACAUGGAGGCCAUCCCCGUUAAGCAGUUUAUUAAACACAUCAUGGAUCUCUACAAGAACAACUUGCAAGGUUUUUCUGAGGAGUUUGAGGAGGUCCAACGGUCCACAGCAGACCUGAAAAUCACUGCAGAACACUCCAAUCAUCCCGACAACAAGCACAAAAACAGAUACAUCAACAUUGUGGCCUAUGACCACAGCAGGGUGAAAUUACGAGCUCUGACAGGGAAAGAUGCCAAACAUUCCGAUUACAUCAAUGCCAACUACGUGGAUGGCUACAACCGGCCCAGAGCUUAUAUAGCUGCUCAAGGUCCUCUCAAGUCUACUUUUGAAGACUUUUGGAGGAUGGUGUGGGAGCAGAACACAGGAAUAAUCAUAAUGAUUACCAACCUGGUGGAGAAAGGGAGGAGAAAAUGUGACCAGUACUGGCCGACAGAGAACAGCGAGCAGUACGGAAACAUCGUGGUGACGCUGAAAAGCACCAAAGUGCAUGCUUGCUACACACUGCGGCGUUUUCUUAUAAGAAACACUAAAGUUAAAAAGGGUCAGAAGGGGAACCCAAAAGGGAAGCUAAACGAGCGCAUCGUGGUCCAGUAUCACUACACUCAAUGGCCUGACAUGGGAGUACCAGAAUACACCCUCCCUGUCCUCACCUUCAUCAACCGCUCAUCAGCAGCUCGGGCUGCAGACACGGGCCCUGUCCUGGUGCACUGCAGUGCUGGGGUUGGGCGCACAGGAACGUACAUUGUCAUCGACAGCAUGCUACAACAGAUCAAGGACAAAAGCACAGUCAGUGUCCUGGAUUUUCUCAAACAUAUCCGCACACAACGCAACUACCUAGUUCAGACUGAGGAGCAGUACGUUUUCAUCCACGAUGCUCUAAUGGAGGCCAUCAUGAGCAGAGAGACAGAGGUGCCCGCCUGGCAGCUGCACAGUUAUGUCAACAGCAUCCUCACGCCCAACUCGACAGGCCGCACACUGCUGGAGAAGCAGUUCAGGUUGCUGAGUCAGUGCAACGCACGCUUUGUGGAGUGCUUUAGUGCCCACAAAGACUGCAACAAAGAGAAGAACCGCAAUUCCUCAGUGGUUCCCUCGGAGCGAGCAAGGGUCGGACUCACCACUCUGCCUGGAAUGAAAGGAACAGAUUACAUUAAUGCGUCUUACGUAAUGGGUUACUUCAGAAGUAAUGAGUUCAUCGUUACCCAGCAUCCUUUACCCCACACCACCACAGACUUCUGGAGGAUGAUUUGGGACCAUAACGCUCAAAUUAUUGUCAUGUUGCCUGACAACCAAGGCCUGGCUGAGGAUGAAUUUGUUUAUUGGCCAAGUCGGGAGGAGGCGAUGAACUGCAUUGCCUUCACUGUCACGCUUAUUAGUACGGACAGGCUGUGCCUCUCCAAUGAGGAGCAGAUCAUCAUCCAUGACUUCAUCCUAGAGGCCACGCAGGAUGACUAUGUUCUGGAGGUGAGACAUUUUCAGUGCCCUAAAUGGCCAAACCCUGAUGCUCCUCUCAGCAGCACCUUUGAGCUCAUCAGUGUCAUCAAGGAAGAGGCCAUGACUCGAGAUGGGCCCACCAUCGUGCAUGAUGAGUAUGGAGCCGUGUCAGCAGGCAUGCUCUGUGCCCUAACCACGCUGUCCCAGCAGCUGGAGAACGAGGGGGUCGUCGACAUCUAUCAGGUGGCUAAGAUGAUCAAUAUCAUGAGGCCGGGAGUCUUCACUGAUAUAGAGGAGUACCAGUACCUUUAUAAAGCCAUGCUCAGCCUGGUCAGUAACAGAGAAUGUGGCCUGAGCUCUAUGCACAUGGACACUAAUGGGUUGGUGGUGAUUGCAGACGAGUCAGACCCUGCAGAGAGCAUGGAGUCGCUUGUCUGAGGACGCUGUCACAGGCACUUAAUUUGUAAAAACUCGAAGUUUUCUGAGGCCUUUUUUUGCCAGGCUAUUGAUUACAUGAAUAACCUUAUUACUUUUUAUACUGAUAAAGGUUUUUUGAUAUUUA